AUGAUGCUUCACUCCUUCACCAAACUAUCUUGUAUCCUCCUCGCCUUGCUGCAGAUAUGUGGAUGCAUCGUAUCUGCAGGACCCAUCAAGCGAGCUGAACCAGCCUUCGCACCCAAGUCCCCUGCAGCUGGGAGUCCACAGCCAGCCAGAGGUCCGAGCCUUGCUGCACGCUCCGGCGGUAAAACAAGUGUACAGAAGCCCAAGGCUCCUGUGCUAGGGAAACCUCUCAAGAAGAACGGUCAUAUGGAUGUGAACCCGCCUUCGAGCUCCUCGAGCGCUACCUCGGAGUCGGGGAUGAGGGUGGCGGAGGAGACCCGGGGAGGUUCAGGCCUGGUGAUAUUGUUGGUGCUAGGAUUAAGCAUUAUGAGCCUUCGAAGGUGGGUUUGUUUCGUUGGGUUUAUUUGGGUGGAUUUUGAGCUGAUGUUUGUGUGCUUGCUCCCUCCCCCUGACAUCUUUCUGACGGUCACCCUACGCUCGCCUGCGCUCGUGGAUGGCUUACAUCUGUUCCUCCCAUUCCCUACCUCUCUACCCGCCUUUUCGCCGAACCUCUGCACACAUUCGACCUACAUUAUACCCACUCUCAUCUACGCGUGUCGCCCACUCCGACUCACCAUCCCGGUUGUCGUCGCCGGCCCUCUCCCGCGCAACUGGUACCGCAUCUCUGUUAUCACCAACAACCCCCACCCUGAAUUGAAGGGGUAUGAUCCUCGAGAGAAGAUAUCCAAGUACCUCGACCCAAGCGUUAAAGGUCUCGGAGGCACCAUCUCACUCGGUAUUCCGCGUCUCGUCGAAGGCAGAGUGAUCAACAUCUGGAAGAGGAGGGGGUACGGCGAGACUCCGCCUUUGAGGGCCGAUAAAUUGGCCAUGCUGAAGCAGGAUAUCAAUGCGCAUACCAGGGGGAGUUGGUUCCAGCCUUUGACGAGGCGGGCGUUGGAGAUUGAUGAGGUUGACUAG